CUCUCUCUCUCUCUCUCUCUCUCUCUCUAAAUGUCUUUCUAUCCGUCUCUAUCCAAACCGAGCUACGAAUGAAAAACACAGCACAAGAGCGUGAUCUUCAUCAUUGAGAAUCAGUUAGUGAAUUUGAACCCCAAACUCUUCAAAUCAGAUCAAAGCUUCUCUAAAUAUGUGUACGGACUCAGUAAGUGGGGAUCUGAGGUGGGAGCUUUGUUCAGGAAGAAGAAGCGGGAAUCGGAGCAUCUUGGAUCGGAGUUGAUGGAAUGAAACGGAGUGUCGAGUAUUGGGAGGGGGAAUCGGAAGAAUCUGAAGGAGAUGAAGUUUUACAUAUCCUCCGCCGGAAUAAAGAAAGUCACCAUACCCAACUCCGGCUCCGGCAAGGGAUCCUCGGCAGCCGCCAAUCGCCGAUUCUCUAAUCGGACGUUCUUGCCGGUGGUUCUGUUGCUAGCAAUUUGUUUGCCCUUUCUGUUCGUUAGAAUUGCUUUUCUUGUACUCGAAUCUGCCACUCUUUGUUCUUCCCUCGCAGAUUGCAUAGGGUUGAGGGUUUUCGGCGGGAGUGAUUUAUCUGCGAAGCUAAGAGAUGAACUGACGAGAGCACUAGUGGAGGCAAGUCAAGGAGAAGAUGGGGGAAGAAUAGAGACGACUUCACCCGCGUCAUUCAAUCAACUAGUGGAGGAUAUGACGUCAAAUGGACAUGACAUUAAGGCCUUUGCUUUCAAGACCAAGGCUAUGAUUUUGAAGAUGGAGCGUAAGGUUCAAUCAGCCAGACAGCGUGAGUCAAUUUACUGGCAUUUAGCUUCGCAUGGUGUUCCCAAAAGUGUACAUUGCCUUUGUCUCAAACUGGCUGAAGAGUAUGCGGUAAAUGCCAUGGCCCGAUCUCGUUUACCUCCGCCUGAAUCUGUUUCCCGCCUUGCUGACUCUUCCUUCCACCACCUUGUUCUUCUAACUGAUAAUGUACUUGCUGCCUCUGUUGUCAUCUCCUCUGCCGUCCAAAGUGCAGCCAACCCUGAAAAAUUGGUGUUUCAUAUAGUCACAGACAAGAAAACAUACACUCCAAUGCAUGCAUGGUUUGCUACCAAUUCUAUUGAAUCAGCGGUGGUGGAAGUCAAGGGACUGCAUCAAUACGAUUGGUCCCAGGAAGUGAAUGUUGGGGUUAAGGAGAUGUUAGAGAUUCACCGCUUAAUUUGGAGCCAUUACUACAACAAUUUAAAAGAAGACAACUUUGAAUUUGAUGGACAGCAUAAAAGGAAGUUAGAGGCUCUAAGCCCCAGCUGCCUCUCCCUUAUGAAUCAUCUACGGAUUUAUAUUCCUGAGCUGUUUCCAGAUCUUGACAAGAUAGUGUUCUUGGAUGAUGAUAUUGUAGUACAACAUGACUUAUCAUCUCUGUGGGAAUUAGAUCUCAAUGGAAAAGUUGUUGGCGCUGUUGUUGAUUCAUGGUGUGGAUCUAACUGUUGCCCAGGAAGAAAAUUGAAGGACUAUUUGAAUUUUUCAAACCCACUUAUAUCAUCCAACUUCCAUUAUGAUCAUUGUGCAUGGCUGUAUGGGAUGAAUGUUUUUGACCUUAAAGCUUGGAGGAGGUCCAACAUCACAAAAGCUUACCAUCGAUGGCUUGAACUUAACCUCAAUUCUGGGUUGGGACUAUGGUAUCCAGGAGCACUUCCACCAGCCUUGAUGGCUUUUAAGGGUCAUGUGCAUCCUAUUGAUUCUUCAUGGCAUGUGGCUGGGUUAGGUUGUCAAGCUUCAGAAGUUAGCCGAGAGAGAUUAGAAGCUGCUGCUGUUGUACAUUUCAGUGGCCCUGCAAAGCCGUGGCUUGAGAUUGGGUUCCCUGAGGUACGAAGUUUAUGGACUAGUCAUGUAAAUUUCUCAAACAAAUUUAUUAGGAAAUGUAGAAUCAAGGGGUGAGGAGGACAAAGUACCCUCACAUCUUAUAUUAAUUUUGGGACCAAAACAGAGGUAUAUAAUGAUACAGAGGGAAGAAGGUUUUGCCUUCAGUCUCUGCAUUACCUCUGGAUGGUAUGACAUGGUUAUUUCAUGUCCACAAAUAGAAAAUAGAUGAAGGUACCAAGAUUCACACAACGGAGUUUGUAUUGUCGAUCUUCAAGAUAUAUAAGGAUCAUGAUGAAGCUAGAUAUAGCACUAUUGUAUAUCACUUUUACUAUGGCAAUCCAAAUUACUUAACUCAAUAAUGAAAGCAGUUUAAUGAUUCUAUUUUUAUGA